AUGAUUGUAAUGUUCGACCUGGAUAUGCAAUGGUAUACUGUAGAAAAACAUGUGGAAAUUGUAUUGGUAGGAAUCGAGAAGAUAUUGCUAAUCUGUACUUAUAAGAAUUUAGAGUUUUGCGAAGAUUCGAAAUUCAUCACGUGCAGUUCCGAAAGGAAGAAAGACUGUGAUGAUAUGCUGUCCGAUUAUUGCCCGAAACUUUGCGGAAAAUGCUACUCAAAAGUGAAAUCUGACAUGAAACGAAUAAAAACGAUUCCGGUCACUCAAUUUUUCAAAAAUCCUGCGACUACUUCAACGACAACAACUACUCGAAGCCCAUCUAUCCGCCUAAAACAACCGCGAAUGCUCCCAAACGGAACUUUCAUAAGCCCACCACUACCAAAAUAUGAGAAGCUGGAUGACACAACAUUCACGAUUCCCGAACAUCCAACUGUCAUCGAGUAUCCAAUGGCUCAUAUGGAAGAACUAAUCCCGGAGCCUCAAAGAAUCUGGCCAGAACCAGAACCUAUGAGAAUCCAACCAAUUAGUGUGUACAGCCCAUAUGCUUUUGUUCCCUUACAACAUCAUACUCCACAGCACUAUAACCCGUGGUCCCAACAACUUGGACUCACUUCGUCUCUAGAUACUUCUCGGCGUGCUCCUCAAAACUAUUACUCUUCAUACAAUCAAUAUCCACAGUAUCCGGAUGAAAAGAUCAAUUCAAUCACACCUUCCAAUCCUCCAGCAUCCUCUAGCUUUGAGAAUCCAAUGCAGUUAGUUGAACCAUUCUUGGCUCCAGGCCAACCAGAUCUCAAUCCAAAAUCAGUGUCUUCUCUGAUAAACCUUCUGGGAUGUAAAGAUAAAGAUGAAAUUAUUUGCAAGCAUGUCACAGCUGACACUUGUCUCUCUCGGCCUGGAUAUUAUCUUAAAUUGUGUCCAGUUACUUGCAAAAACUGCAGCGGGUACCAAUGCAUCGAUUCCAUCAAAAUUGAUUGCGCAGAAGUGAAGGCUCAAGGGGCUUGUAAGCUUUCAGUAGCAAGUGAAUACUGUCCAAGAACGUGUGAAUAUUGUAAUCCGCCAAGUGAGAUGGCUCAGAGUAUGUCAGACUGCAAAGAUGAAUUGGAUACAUGUGAGCAAUUGGCCGAGAGUGGAGCUUGCCAACAUGAUUUUAGCAAAUCUGCUCUUCGUCUAUACUGUGCCAAAAGUUGUGGGUUCUGCAAAAUUCCUCAAUUCUACUUUUCUGAUUCUCCUCUUAUGGCUUCCGUGGUUUCAACACGAAAACUUUUGAAAAACUCGAUGAACCGGAGGGAUCGAUUCUUGGGAUAA